AUGACGACUGCGAUUGCUCGCGUCCGGGCGGUCACGAAGCUCCCCGGUCAGCUUCGCGCCUUUAGCUCUACUUCCGCGGUGGCUUCCGCUACGGGAGGGGUAAAGCGAUUGGGUGUCAUCGGUGCUGGGCAGAUGGGACUCGGCAUCGCUCUUGUUGCGGCGCAGAGAGCACAGGUUCCAGUGACAUUGAUCGACGCCAACAAGGCGGCCCUCGACAAGGGUAUUUCGUUUGCUGAGAAGCUUCUCGCAAAAGAUGUUUCCAAGUCCAGGAUCACUCAGGAACAGGCCGACCAGGCCCGGUCGCUCAUCUCUCCGAACACUUCCAUCGAUGCGCUGUCGGAUGUGGACUUUGUGAUUGAGGCCGUUCCCGAGAUCCCCAACCUCAAGUUCGAGAUCUUUGCCAAACUCGCCGAAAUCUGCCCAAAGCAUGCCAUCCUGGCCACUAACACGUCGUCCAUCUCCAUCACCCGCAUCGCGGCCUCGACGACCAAGGACCCCACAGACACCUCUGCAAGCUCGCGAGUCGUCUCAACCCACUUCAUGAACCCCGUCCCCGUCCAGAAGGGCGUGGAAAUUAUUAGCGGCCUCCAGACUAGCCAGGAGACGCUCGACAAGGCUGUUGCUUUCUGUAAGGCCAUGGGCAAAAUCACGUCAGUCUCCGCGGACUCUCCCGGGUUCCUCGCCAACCGCAUCCUCAUGCCCUACAUCAAUGAGGCCAUCAUCUGUUUGGAGACAGGCGUGGGCGACAAGGAAUCUAUCGACUCCAUCAUGAAGAACGGCACCAACGUGCCGAUGGGCCCGCUGCAGCUCGCAGAUUUCAUUGGCCUGGACACAUGUCUCGCCAUUAUGAAGGUCCUCUACGAAGAGACCGGCGACUCAAAGUACCGGCCCAGCGUGCUGCUGCGCAAGAUGGUUGAUGCCGGCUGGCUGGGCAAGAAGAGUGGGAAGGGCUUUUACGACUAUUGA